UCAGUCUUUUUCUAGAAGUACGAAUGAAAAGUCGUUUAUUCAAAUAGAUCCCGUGUUAUUUGAUUAUUUGAAUUUCUCAUACCGUCCGAUCGGUUCCAAAGUAAGCUCAUUCGCAAGACCGUGUAGUUCGCAUUGUAAAGGUCCUGGUUAGAGCGCCGUAGGUGCUCUAGAAGACCUUUAAAUUUCAGCUAAAAAGUUGCACUUUUCUUCUGCUCAUAGUGGAAGUCUCAGUCAAGUCAGCCAUUGUUUGAAGUGGGCUCAGUUUUUUCACUUCCACCUUCCCAUAUAUUGGCAAGGAGGCAGUGGCGGAGUGUUGGUGUUGGUUGACGUACGCAUUAUACGUGCCACAUCAAGAGUGUACGACAGUGUGGUGGAGUAGUGUGACGGCAAGAGUGCGCAGCCAGUUUGAGGAAAAUAGGUGGCUUUUGUUAACCCCUUGGUUGAUACACCCAGGGAAAUACGUGAGCAUAUUCGGUAUUGAUUGCUAUAUGAAGAGCAGUAUUACGGAAAAUAUAAGGUGCAAGCAGUGAAUAAACUAGUAGCAAUUAAAUAGAGUGAUUCUCGUGUUUCGCUGGAAGAAGAAUAGUGUUGACAAAGUUGUUAUAUGACUAUUGCAUUAGUGCCGUUUCCGAUCAAUUUCGAAGAAAAAGUUUAUUUUUGAAAAAGAAAUUCAAAGCACUUGUUACUAUGUAGACGCAGAGCAGAAGCAGUUAUGAUUCAAAUUUAUGAUUUUAUUUGUUAUUUGAGUUAUUAAAUCCCGUCGUUUGUGUGUUGAAAGAAAGUGUAAACGAAAUAAUGUGUAAAAUAUAAAACAGUGGAGUGUGAAAAAUCAGCAAUAUAUAUUUCGAGAAGAGACAUUUAACGCCCUGCAAGUUCGAUUCCCCAUGGCACCAACGCUGUGACAAGUGACAUCAGUGAUUUUCAGAAUCAUCAAUCGUGAGUAACCCGCUGGACACGGUUCGAUACGCCUCCGCCAGUUACCGAACGCCGGGACCGACGGUACAUUUCGUUCUCAAGUGUUUAGAAAAAUUCGUUAAGGUGGCUCCGCAGGCCGAACAACCCCUAGUCAGUGCAGCAAGGUUUCAUUUUCCGCCGGGAGCAAUCGUAGCGCAGCCGCCUGAUAUUGAGUGCACUCAGUCCAGUCAGUGCCGGGUUCUAGUUUGGCCACAAGGGUAUGGUAUAUUUUCUGGGACAUUGGGGCAUGGGAGAUACUGAACGCACUACAACUCAGCAUGUCUCCAAUAGUGUGCUACAAAAACAGAAUAAUUUCCUGUACAACGUCGGUAGUCCACAGCUUCAAAAUGCAGACUACACAUCAGUCGAUCAUCUGCAUCACCAGCAGCAGCAACAGCAGCAUCAUCAUCAACAGCAACAGUCGUUGCAGCAUCUUCAAUUGCAUCAACAGCAACCACACGGAAAUGAAUCGUCAACACGGAUCACCAAUUUUGGCCUAACGAAAAGCGCCAACGAACUGUAUUUGAAAGAAUCGCAGUCGCAAUCGCCGCAGCAACAACAGCAGCAGCAUCCACAAUUCAACACCCGCUAUUUUACGACCGGGAGUGUCACUAGCAAUAAUUGCCACGUGCACAACCGCCUCAAUAGCAAUCUUUGUAACAGUGGUGCUGUCAGUCACUGCUGCUCACAGGAACUGCAUCUGAGUUUCCAUCCGAAUCAUCCAAAUCACAAUCAUCACAACCAUUGUCCCCACCAUCAGCUUCAUCAACAGCAGCAACCACAGCAACAGCAUCACGACACCGAAAGUGACGAGGAUGAAAUUGCGCUAUAUCCUCUCAAUAAUCAGGUCGGUGGCCAUACUCGCCUGCUGUUGUUGAACCAGAGCACCGUCAUCAAACCGUUGAAUCAACGUGAACUAGAGUUCUACCAAAACAUUCCUAGCGAUAUCCAGCAGUUCGUUCCAAAGUAUCGAGGUGUCAUGCAGGCCGCAACGAUGGGUGGCACCAAGCUAGAGAAACGCUACUCACCCAGCUUCCGGGAUGAUCCGGGACGUAAACCGGCCGCCUCGAAGCGCAAACGCGAGGAAGUACUUCGGAUGAAAAUACAUAAGAAUGGGAUACCUUCAGAGGUGUUAAAAAGUAUUUCACAAAUUGACAACUCCAACAAACAAUAUUUCCUGAUGCUAGAAAAUAUUACUUCCUCCUAUCGGCAACCGUGCAUCCUGGAUCUGAAAAUGGGCACACGUCAGCACGGGGACGAUGCUUCAGCGGAAAAACGCAGCAAGCAGAUGGCAAAGUGUGCCGCCAGUACGUCCGCCUCGCUCGGGGUGCGACUCUGCGGGAUGCAGGUCUACCAGGCAGACAUCGAUCACUACAUGAAAAAGGACAAAUACUGGGGCCGUGAGCUCAACGAGGAAGGCUUCAAAGGAGCACUGCACAAUUUCUUCCACAAUGGAUACAAAUUACGCGUUAAGAUUAUCGCUAAGGUGCUAGACAAACUAGAGCAGCUCAAAAGGGUAAUCGAAAAGCAGUCCAGCUAUCGGUUCUACUCUUGCUCCCUACUUAUCGUGUACGAAGGCUACGAAGAACCGCCUGCGGCACCGGUGUUCAUCGAACCUCAUCCGACGGGCGACGAUUACCAUCUGCUCGAGACGGAAUCCAACUCGUACUGUUACGAUGCUGACGCAUCGAACAGUUCUAUCGAACAAUGCAAUCUCUCCUCGUCUCAUGAGGACAUGAUCACCAGUUCUGCCCAUCAUCGCCUGAAUGCGUCUAUGGCAACGGUUGCGGCGGCUGCAGCAGCUGCGAAAGCAGCAUCCUCAUCUGCUUGUCCCGUUACUUCGCAAUCCGUCACGUCGGCAGGAUCUCCCUCGUCGAUGGAACCUACGACAAAACCUUUUGCCGGCGUUAGUGAUUGCGGAACUGGUCAGAUGAAAGUUCCCUUCGUUCCGAUUUCCGAAGAAACAGUAUACCCGGGAGUAGUCGGCGAUUCUCCCAUGGUUGUCCCACAGGAAACUGGGCAGAACAUCAUUAGUUCUAGUCCACAUUCGAUGGACUCGUGGAUGAACUACAGUAGUAAUAGUAGCAGCGAUGAUUACGCGUCUGCUUUUGUAGUGCCGACGCAUGUGCAAAAACCCAAACCCGAUAAGAGUCCCAGCUUUGAUGGUGGCUUCAGUGGGCGUGUUGUUCCACCGGUUCGGAAGGUGAGCAGUGUGGAAGCGAUGGAAGCGGAUCGCGAACGCUGUUUACCGUCUCAUACGGAUAUCUCGGUAACGAUUACACCAACCACGGAAGUAUCAACGGCAGCAACGGCAUCGACAGUGCCGACGAGUAAUAAUUGUUACGACAGUAUUAGUAUUAGUAAUACCAAUAGCAACAGUAGCUACGGCAAGGUUCACGAUCAGUCUGAUGCCGGCUAUCACGAAGAUGAGGGGGUGGAUGAUCUCGAUGAUGAUGAAGAGGAAGGUGCCGUGGACGAUGAGGACGAGGAUGAGCAUCUCCUGCAGGAGGCGGCUGUCAGUUCGAAGCGGUUACGUGGCAAAGAAAAAAGUGGUAGUAGAUCAGCUAAUGUUCACCAAACUCUACGAAGAAAAUGGAGCUGCAAGUCAAAAUCUUCGUCGACUGGUGGAAACAGUACAGGAAAUUGUGCCCUCGGAAUGGCUGAUGUGCGAAUAAUCGACUUUGCACAUACCACAUUCGAGAUCAAGAAAGGAAACUCUAUGUGCAGCAUUAGUUCCAAGGUGCAUCAUGGACCGGACAGCGGGUUCCUUAGAGGGCUGGACAGUUUAAAACGGAUCCUGAAUGAAAUCUGCGAAGAACACUAAGCGUAAGCUACGAGAAUGCUUCUUCCCUGCAGUUAGAUACUGGCAAAACACGCACGUCGAUUCGUGUGGGUAUGUCCAGAAUUUCUCUCUCUCUCUCUCUCUCUCAGUGUGCUAGGGAAGACGCCGAAGGUGUGCUAACCAAAUUGCAUCACCAUGCAUGCGGCGGGAUCAGUUUCUAUAGCAGUUACUUUGUGGAAGAGUGUCUAAACGAAGAAACACGUUUUUGUGAAAUAUUGUGAUACUAAAGCAUUUUUCAUCCAAGUACAUAUAUAAAGUAUAUAUUUAAUAUCAGAAGAAAUUAAACUCAUAGAAGCGAAGCGUUACUUUUAGAAGAAAAUUCCUUAUCAGAAAAGGAGGCAAUCUUAUCGGUUUUUAGCUGUUUCAGUGCAAUUCAAUAUCGUUCUGUCCUGUACGUUUGAAUGGGGUGCACUUUUUUGUUUGAGUUCGUUUACUUCCGUUCCGUUUUGAUUUCCAGUUUUCCCGAAGAUGGCCGCAAGAGAUGCUCAUGUAAGUAUCGAAAUGAUUCACCAGACACUGAUGCUUGUAGAAUCGUAAAAUCAAAGCUUCUUCAAUCAACUAAAACUUGAAAACUAAAACUACACACCAAAUCAUGUUUACGGAUGUUAGUAAAAUUUUACUGACUUUCAAACAGCUGAACAGUUUGUAAAAAAGUAAAAUUUUACCAUUUUGUAAUCAUCUCAGUAGAAGUUUCAUUGGUAGAGUGCACUGAACAUCUUCCUGUUAUAAUUAUACCUACUUGUACAUCAUCCAUUACUGACGUUCGGUAAAAUUUACAGAUAAUCCGUAAAUAUAAGAGCGCCGUGAACUUCGGUAAACAAAUGUACAAAUUUAUCGAUGCAAGACUAGAAUUUCACGUUUCAACUUCCGAAAAUGAUUUAAUUUGACAGAUAUGAUUCUCACCGAAGGAGUCAGUAAUGUUUACCGAAAUUUUUAACCACUAUCAAUUGAUUCACUGAAAAUUGGCAAAAUUAUUGUACUAAAUUGGAAAAAGUAAUGGUAUUUCGAUAUUUACAGAUCAUGCCAGUAAAAUUAAAGUGAAUGUAUGGGAUUUGCCGGAAUCCGGUAACUCAUUGACAGAUGACUGUGAAUUGGAUACACUUUACUGAUUGACCUGUGAAAAUAAUGUUUUACAAUUAAUAUCUGAAAAAAAAUUCUGUUUAUUCUGGACAUUAUAUAACAAUUUCAGAUAAAACCAGGAAGAUGCUUGUUUAAAAAUAUGAAGCAGAAAAAUAAGAUGAUUAGUAUGCUACAUUAAAAUUUUUAUUUACUGAAAAAAUACUUCAAUUCAACCAUUAUUGAUAGAUACGAUAAUACACACCAAUAUUUGGUUUAGCUGUUCGGUAUUUUUACGGCUUUUGCCACUGUCAGUAACAUUUUAUUGACAUCGUGGUAGGAAAAUUUAAAAUAGUAUUGUUUCAAAAAAAUAAAACUAAAAUGCAUUGAACUGUCGGUUUCAAAACAAAAACUGCUCAUCAUUCCUUAGUUGUUUUUAUUGAUAUUAUCGGAUGUAUCGAUAGGUUUUAACAUAACGAUGAAUAAAUUACCGAACACUCUGUAAUUAAUUCAAUUACCGAACUGUCAGCUAUUGAAAAGUGGUUAAAAAUUACCGAAUUCUGCGGAAUGAUCUAGGUGGGUACGAAGUCGCUCCUAAUUAUUGAAACAUUUAUCUUAUUUAUAAAACACCUCGAUGUUUUGCAUCUUCGUUCUCUUUGAAAGGGUUACCAUUCCUAAGAAACCAUGACUCUUCAUCCGACUGGAACUGAUGGAAACGCUUGGUCGAUGGUCGAAACAAAUCCACACUGUCUUAAAGACGGACUGAGUAUUGAAUUCUUACUCGACUGCUCGUUUCUAAGGCUGCAUACAGAUUGAACGCGAGAAGCUGAGCCGAGCAGGUGACUGACAUUAGCAGACCAGAAGCGGGAAAGAUACUAGCAGCAAAUCGAAGGGAUUCUGGCAGAGUAAGCUCAGCUUUCACUCUGACAGGGUCCCUUUGAUUUGCUAUAAGUACAUUUCCCGCUUUGGUUAGCGCCAAGCUCAGCUCAGCUUCCGGCCUCCACUCUGUUUGCAGCCUAAGACUAACCAUUUCGCGGUUAAUUUUAACUUUUGGUUGAAAUCUGAAACUUGAGUGGUUAUUUUGUGUCGAGGAGUUAAAUUUUACUAAAAAUGCGGCCCAUUUCAAAAUUUGACGGACGGAAAGUUAUUUGGGUUUAUUUUCCACUGGAAAGAAUUUCAACUAAAGAAUUAAUAUUAGAAUUUUCGUUGCAAGAUUUUUUUCAGUGUUGGAAAAUAACCAUCGAUCUUUCAAAAAGAACCAUGCUCUCGUUGGUUUCCUUUUGUUGAUUUCCCGGCAAAUUUCAACAGUUUGUGCUGGAAUUCUAUGAAGAAUUGGUCAUUUAUCAGUUUCAUAUUCACUUAAAUAAAAUUUUCUGUUCAAAUGCAAUUAAAAGUCAGCAGAAAAACGGGAAAAAUCAUAGAAGAAAAAGAAGAAAACGAUUGAAAACUCAGUAAAGGCUCAAUAACAUUCGACAACUGGCUUAUAGAACAAGUGCCCAAAUACAUUAGGAUGUCAGCUCAGGCGUAUUUAUUAUUUUACAGCUACAGUUUACUAAUAGCAUUGGAAACACACGCUAACCUUUGUUGACUGUUGAAGGAGCCACCUGUCUCAACUCGUCUGUCUGCGACGAGACUUUGCGCGUAAUCACCUCAAAAUUUGGCGAACAAGCUGCUUCAAAUUGCAAGGCCGAUUCCUCUAAAGCUAAAUUUUUAUUUGUGAUCAACCGUUUUCAAUUGGAUUGGGACGACUAAGAUGGCCAAUCCAAAGUCGUUGUACGCUUGAAGAAUCCAAUUCUCACUUUUCUUCUUGUACCAAUAUUCAGCAUUCGACAAUCUUUCAAUCAAGGCAUAUUUUCUCCAGUUCAAAUUGUUCUAGAACUCAUGCAACUUUCUUGCAAAAAACAACACUGUAAAAAACUUAUUUUCAAGAUUUUUUCGCCAGCCAGCUUUCCUUAUAGUAGCCCUUAAGGACUAUUCACACAUUUCAGUUCCGUGACGGUUCAGUGAAAGUGCCUUCAGUGCGCCGUCAGUGUUCUUUUUUUGUCGGAAUCCUUUCGUUCUGUAUCCGUUCCGGCACAGCAAAUGCAGUGACAUACCGACUUCAGUGAAAAUAAAAAAAUAUCGGUGACGACGUCCGGCAAACAGGACGGACGCUACACUGACGGCGAGCUGCACUGAAACGGUACGGUGCCGGAUAGGUGUGAAUGCGCGCUUAGAAAACAAAUGAAAUAAUAUCAGUAUCCGUGCACGGUGCCGUGCCGGCACUGAACUGGACCGAAUAGGGUAACAGGGGUAUUUUGGCCCACUUUAGGAUUGAUUUUAUUUUGGCCCACUUUGUAAAAAUAUCCCCCAAAUGUUGUAAUAUCUUUGAAAAAUUCUUCCGCAAUAGGUAAUUUAAUGUGAUUAGUUUCAAAUUGAUGCAACAUGGGUUACUUAACAUCGAUUAAAUCCAUAAAGUUUGUUAGGUGGGCCAAAAUAUAUGAAGUGGCCAAAAUACCUCUGUUACCCUAUAUGUGAAUAGUUCUUUACACGAGCAUUACACUGAUAAAAAUUUGUACGAUCGAUUCAUAUGUAAACAGCAAUUCAAUUUAAUGUGCUUUUUCAUUUCAAUACAAAACCAAUGCCAUUUGUUUCAAGAUUUCAUGUGCAAAUUCACUAAGAUGCAAGAUCAGAUUUUUUUCCAUAUAGCAUUGAUGUGUUUUUCCUUUGGAUGUGAUGUGUUUUGCUAUUGAAUUGAACUACAUGUGUGAAACACUUCAUUUUCAAGUGGAAAUGAAUACAGCACAAAUGUAUGUGCAAAACACUUGAUUCGGUCAACCGUGUUUCAAUUGAAAUCUAUAUGAAAAACAAUGUGACAUUCAUAUGAAAUAUAUAUAGAAUCUGGAGGUAACGAUAUAUCUUAUCAUUUUUAUGUGCAUUUUAGAUAAAUGUAACAUGAUUUCCACUAAAUAUCAACAGGUUUUACAUUCAUUUUAGGAAUUGAGUGUAUAUUUUCAAAAGUUUCAUGUGUUCCACAAGUAGUGAUAGUUCAAAUGCUUUGCACAUCAUGCUAGCAUGCAAAUUAUUUUCAGUGUAUUUUUGUCAUUUUGAAUGAUGACUAAGUAAUGAUGUAUUUCAAAUUUGAUAGAAAUCUCGUCAUUACUGCACCAUUACAUAUCAUUAAAAUGAUAUUAUUUUUUAGUAAUGACAUUUUUAAUGGCUCGUGUAAGGGCCGCUUAUGAAUUGAAGGUUAAAUUAUAGAUACUCACAGAUGAUAGUAUGAUAGAUUGGUUCACGAUAACGUGUAAUAUAUAUCAUUUGGAUAAAUGUAAUCUGUUGGUACAAAAAAAAUCAGUUGAGAGCAGGACUUUUUUUGUUACUUCUCUCUAAGCCACUUUUACGCGGCGGGCAGAUUUCCCAGACGGCUGGCUAUGUCUGCCAACCAUUUUCGACGGAAUUCUGCCAGAAUUCCGGCAAAAGUCUGACAACAAUUCAACAACAGUUUCUGGCGGAGAAUUUCGCCUAGCGGUUAUUAACGGUUCUGUUUCUGUCGGAUUCUUGCCAUACAAAAUUGGUAGAAUCGGUUCUACAUUUUUAGCGUCUUGGUUUUAUUUUUUCAAUGAAAAGUACAUAUGAAAGGCAAUAAGUUAUUGCUUCGCUUUUGUUAUGUAUAGAAAUUCGCUUUUGUUAUGUAUUGAAAUUCAACCCCUUCGAGACCACAAUCCAGAAAAAUAUUUUCCUAAAUUGGCCGUUAAAUGACAAUUGUUUUUAUAACCAGAAUAUUUAUACAAUGAUGGUUCUUAUUACGGGUAUCACUUCACGGUGAAAAUCGAGUGAAGUGAAUUUAGGUCCUUAGCACGGAAAUCGCUUCAAAGACAAAAGUAAUUAUUUGAAUGAACUUGAUGUCAUUAUGAACAUCACGCCACCAACAUUUCGUUGAAAAAAGGAGUUUUUCCACUACAGUGAUCACUUCACAAUGCGUGAUACUGGUAAUGGGGAAAAUCAAGUAAAGUGACAUGUAAGUGAAGUGAAUGUGAAAGUGGAAGUGAGAAUGGUAAUAAGGGCCGAUAUUUUGUAUUAAUCGAUGUCUUUGUCUUCCAAACCUAGUGCGUCACUGAAAACAUUAUCAAUAUUAACUAUAAAAAUAUUGUAAAUCGUCUACUCUAAAAAUUCAGUCAUUUUUUAUUGUUGAUGUUUUUAUUGCACAAACCAAUAAUUCUUGUUGCUAGAGAAUAUUACCUUUUAAAUCUGCAAUUGCAUUUAAUUUUACCAGACGAUUUAUUUCUCUAUUUGCUCUAAUUUUUGAUUUGAAAACGUUGUAAACUUCGGUACAACAGGCAGCGAAAAGGUUAAAACAACUGUCCAACUCCUUUGCAGAGAUGCCAGGUAAAAUUUUCAUGUCUACAAAUCCUCCAAAGCAAGUGUCAAAUUUUACAAAUAUGACGAGAAAAACCAAAUAAGAAGCCCGACGCUAUUUUAAAAGUCUGUAAAGAGUCUGCUAACAAAAAAAUUCGGCAAAAUUACAUGCAAAUCUGCAACCUGGCAUUUGUAAUUCUGACGCUCAUUAUUUCGCUAUUCUGUGGGUAUUCUGUCGCAUUCUAUGCCACGCUGAAAACCACAAUAAUAUAUUAAAACGAUUUAUUGUGGUAUUUUCUUGCACUUGAAAUUUAUAAAAGACAUUACACAGUAACACAGACUAACAGACAGGACACUCAAAUUAGAUUCUUCAAUCAUUUUAACGGUCAUUUCGAAUAUUCCUUUAUUUGGGACAGUACUCACAUGUGUCAUGAUGGCGCCACAUUACCCUAUCAAAAACAUCCUGUCUGUCAUCUAUACUGUGUUUAUUUUUUUCAUUUACCAACAGAGUUGCCAUUCAUGCAGAAUUACCUGUAAUGUAUUGAUUUGUAUACGUCCAUGCAAAUUUCAUGCAGGAUUCAGAUUUAAUACAUAUUGCCAAAACUAUAUACAGAAUUAUGCCUACUUCUCAUCCUCAAACGCAAUACAAAAUCGAACCCGUUUUGCUACAAUAUUUACUUGCUUCUGGUCUGCCGCCACCUAAUUUCGGGUGAAAACUACCAAAACAAUAAAAAAAUAGUCUAGAUGAACAACGUUGAGACAAAUAAAUGGUUACCUUCCAACAUCGCGAAAAAAUUAAAUAUAUUAUCAACGUAGUCCAAUAAUUUAUUGUGACGAUUCAUUUGCAAAAAUUUUGAUGAAAUCAGGCAUCACUGCAAGCAGUGGAUCAGUGUUGACAAACGAGGGGAAACCAACUAGUAAAAAAACUUUUACGUAACACAAGGGGUGUACCGAUAGUAAAUAGUUUGCGCAGUACAAUAUAGGUGGAACUAGUGCCACAGACUAACAGACAUGACAGUAUGAGUAAAUUCUUAUCAAAAUAAUUUUUCGUGAUGCACUAGUUCCACCUAUAUUGUACUGCGCGAACUAAUUACUAUCGGUACACCCCUUGUGUUAUGUAAAAGUUUUUUUACUAGUUGGUUUCCCCUCGUUUGUCAACACCGAUCAGCUGCUUGCAGGGAUGCCUGAUUUCAUCAAAAUAUUUGAAAAUGAAUCGUCACUAUAAAUUAUUGGAUUACGUUGAUAACAUAUUGAACUUUUUCGCGAUAUUGGAAGGUAACCAUUUAUUUGACUCAACGUUGUUCAUCUAGACUAUUUUUUAUUGUGUUGGUAGUUUUCACCCGAAAUUAAGUGGCGGCAGACCAGAAGCAAGUAAAUUUGUAACAAAACGGGUUCGAUUUUGUGUUGCGUUUGAGGAUGAGAAGUAGGCACAAUUGUGUAAAUAGUUUUGGCAAUAUAUAUUAAAUCUGUAUUCUGCAUGAAAUUAGUAUGGACGUAUACAAAUCAAUACAUUACAGGUAAUUCUGCAUGAAUUUUUUAUCGUGAUGUCACGAAUGAACAAAAAUUCAUCCUUGACAGUUCAGCGGUACUGUUUACAAACAAGCUUAAAUAAAACUUAAAUAAAAGCUUAAAUAAACAUUUUAAACAAUCAUCUUUACACUUGGCAACUAGUCACUUUUAUUUAAUAAAUCUCAUAAACAAACCGUAUUCAAUCUUGAGCAAAUGUUUUAUUACUCUAUUUAGGCGAUAUAGACCGUAAAUGCUCUCAUCCAAUUUGUCAACAGACAAACAAAAAAAUCUCUGUUUACAAACAGUACUGCUGAACUGUCAAAAUGUGGAAUGAUACAAGAAUAACAUAGAACAGAGUUGAAUGCUACGGAAUGAAUAUGUAAACAAACCACAAAUAGCUGUCGAACGAUGCUCGUUCGACUCAUUUAUGUCACUGGAAAUUAAAUAAUUUUCUAGGCACGAUCGGUUGUUCCACUUGAAUCAGUUUCAAGUCGGAAAUCCUAAUGUCUUUCGUCUCCAAUUUUUGACGAAUUUAAUGGGUACAAUAGCGUUUCGACUCAUAUUAAGGAAAAUCUGUCUGUUCGGAAAAUUGAAUGUGCACAGGGGCCUUUAGAUGUAAUAUUUUAAACAAAUUUUUACUGUAGUGUUAUUCCAUUUGCUGGGGAUUUUGUUAUGUUCACAUUUUCUCUUAUUUAAACGACUAAGUAUAAUAGUCGAUAUAUAUUUUUGCCACAUUUAGAUAACCAGAGACUAUUUGAUAGAAACAGAAAAUGAAAAUUGUAGAACGAUAGUUCUCAAGGGAGAGCAAGGAGGUGAAGAUAUAUAACGGGAAGGUAAGAAGUGACAAGGGUUAUUUAGGCAAGAAGAAAUCUUCUAUUAACUUAACUUAUAUCUUCUACCAGACGUGUCGAGCUUAAGCAUCUUAGCAAUGCAAAUAACUAGAGUCUCUGGUAUGCCGGAAAGUUUGGUGUGGUUACUUAUUUAUUUAUUUUAUUGAGCAUCUUAUUCGUGGUUUUAGUUUGCAUAUGUAAAUGAAAUGUACCCCAACCAAACGUGAUUCAGAACUUUUGUAUCGUGCAUUAUUUGAAAUAUUGUAAAUGUUUGUAAAAUUUAUUUAGCGAAUUAGUCUAGGUUCUUAAAUCAAUCUCAUUAAUUUCCGAAUGGCACAACGCAUUAUCUCACAUCACAAUCAUGGUUGAAUUUGAUCGAAAAGAAAAAAAUUAAUAUAAAACAUAAAACUAAAAUGACAUGUGAUUUGUUUUAACUGGAGAAAAUCGAGAAAAGGCUCAUCUAAAAGAUAGUAAAUUCAAAUGUAAUCAUGUAUUGCCGUAAAACUCCGUGGUUUAUGUAUGAGAUAUGGCCUAAGCCAGGUUAGGAAGUAAAAACGAACAAACAAAAUAGAAAUUAUCCUCCAGGGAGAUUUGAUUUAUAUUCAAAAUUCCAAUACCAUAAGCCCGAUUCUAUUAUUUUCAAUAUGCUGGUUUUCAGUAAUACAAUCUGUUGUUGGGUGUUAAUUAUUAGCUCUAGUGAGAUGCAAAAAAUGUAAUAACGACAGUCGGGUAAGGCCAAACCAGAGCGGAUGUAAGAAGAGUGGUCGUUAUGUUGACAACACGUCAAUAAUUUCAUCCGAAAUGUUUUUUUUUUUCAUUUAAUAAAAUCCGAAAUGUUUGCAAUUUUUUAUACUUUAUAUUGAAUUUGACAUGUCGGCUCGUUUUGAAUAUUGCUAUCAUCACUCUCCUUACAUCCACUCAUGCCAAACUCCUAGAAAUCGGUCAUUUUAAUGGAAUUGGAUAAACAUAUCCGUACCUGUUCGUCUUUAAUAAGCUCAGUUCCUGAGAUAAAAUUGUACAAGGUGGCAAAACAUUAAUUAACUUAUUUGUUACCUAUACCUUAUGAUCUUAAUUUCCGAUCCAUAAAUAGAUAGAUGACUAAACUAGUGAAAUCAGAAAACCUAAUCGAUCCGUUCUAGUGUCAAUAUAAACAACUUUUAAGCGAAUCAUAAACUGCAACCGAUUGUUGAAUACACCAAACCAGGUAACAAAUCAUUUAAUAACCGUUAUUUAGCCAUAAUAUCCAAAAUGUCGGAUUGCCAAGUAUAACGGAACCCAUUAUUGAGAACUUCUAUUCAUUCAAGACCAGAAAAAAGGUAAAAUUGACAAAAAACAUAUUUAUCGAAAAAUUUAUUAGAGACUUACAAGUUUUUCUCUGACAAAUUAUUAUUAUUGAUUGCAAGCACAAAUGAAAAUACACUGUGUGAUCAAAUAGGCCAAUUCCAUCCUCCAUGCCUUUGAUUUAUAUCACAAAUCAUAUUUCCUUUUCCUUAAAUUAUAGCUAUUUUUGCCUGAACUUGGAAAUAAGACCCGAUAAAGUAGAAUAUUAUUAACAAUAGUAGCAACAGGAAACAAUUAGACAUACUUGUUUAAACAACCGUUCGGAUUGGUGGAACACUACAAACAAUAACAACAAAAUCCAUGAUGUAAAUAUGCAUCCACAGAUUGUAGAGCAGCUGUGAACUCGUUUAUCUGAUAAAGCUCUUGCUUGCCGAACGUUGUUUGAAUCGUAUUUGCUAUGUACAAUUAAAAAGUUAGAGAAAACAAAAUUGAAUUCCAGUAGUCGUUACCUGGUAUCUAAAAAGUAUCUAUAAAAAGUCAAUAUAUAUUUUGUUGUGUACAAAACUGAGUCAACAUGGGUAAACAAUAAAACAACAAUUUGAAAAAAUGUAA